CACAAAGCUCUUCGAAUGUGAUUGAAAAGGGACUCUUACAUCAUUUCCUUCUGUAAAUGAAUGUGGAGUGUAUGCUCUGUGAGCCAUGGCUGGAAGAGCAAUAGCUCUAUGGGGGAAACUAUUUCCAUGCUUAGGACCCUGUUCCUGCCCACCAUGAGGGGCAGCAGAGUGUUCAUUACAGAAAAUUUAAUAUCACAAAUAUAUAGAAAAAAUACACAAAUAACAACAUGUUACUUAUUGUUAUUGCACAGAUUUGUAGACUUCCUGGAGAGAUACAGCACAAGUGAAGGGAAAGCAGCUUUUCACCAUCUUGAUAUAGCAUAUCAGAGGACAAAUAUAGAACACGGAAAGUGGCAUAACAGCAAAAAACACAUAAACAGAAAAAGAUAAAAAAGUAUUGCAAAAGGGAGACAAGGAGUCUCGACACGACACAAGUGUUCGUGUGGGCCAGGUUUACAAGACAUACCCAGGAGAGUUGCCACUCAAGGAGUCUGAGAAUAAUCUGAAAAGACUUUGCUCCACUGAUACACCAUGGCUCGAGAUCGAAGGAGAGGAAUGGGCUUAGGGGUAAUGCUUCUGGCCUACAAAUUGCACAGCAUAGGGAUGAACACUAUACCACCUGUUACUCUUGCUUUGCUAAUAGGACAGUGUCUACUUUUCCUGGGCAUCAUUGAUCCACCUUGGAACAGAUACGAUGUCUGUCUGAGUGCUGAACAUAUCCUGUAUUACAAGGACUAUUGGCGAUUAAUUCUCUCAGCAAUUGAACAUUCGGAUGAUAUGCAUCUGUAUCACAAUAUGAUUUCACUGGUUCUUAAAGGCAGAACACUAGAGAAACUUUACGGCUCAGUGAAAUUUGCAAUACUUGUUGUAGUAUUUACAUUGGCAACUAGUCUAACAUAUGUUGGACUGGCUUGGGGAGCCACCGAAGUUUUAGAGAGCUACUCUUAUAUGAAGCAGUGUGCGAUAGGAUUUUCUGGUGUGUUGUUUGCACUGAAAGUCCUGACGACUCACCUUGAAGGAGGAUCUCGUCGUUACAUUCACGGAAUGUCAGUGCCAGCCAAGUAUGCUGUGUGGAUAGAACUAGUAAUUAUUCAUGUUCUUGUCCCUCGGGCCUCUUUCCUUGGUCACCUUGCAGGUAUUUUAGUUGGACUUGCAUAUAUAUGGGGCCCACUGAAAGUACUCGUUGAGAUGAUACAUGCGACCAUUACAGGACCAUAUUCAUAUGAUAGAAGCCACAGAUCAUUUGGCCAAUCCUAUACGUAUAUGCACGGAACAGUUGGUCCGGAACAAAAUUAUGAGAAUGAGAGGCAGAAUUAUGGAUGGAAUUUUGCUAAUGACCAGUAUGAAGCAGGACCAUCUUCUACAUAUGAAGGAAGAACAAGAAGUACUGCUAAUAUUCCUGCAGAAGAAUUAAGGCGCCGCAGACUGGAAAGAUAUCAGUGAACUUCGACUUUAUAUACAAAUGGACACAUAAAAUAAGUGCAUUAAAAUAUUUUCAAAAUUUUCUAUUUGAUAUGAGAUAUACUUGAUAUUUAUAGCUACCAAAUAAAACGCUAUAAUGUGAAACUUGUUUAUUAUAAAGUCAUCAACAUAUCACAGAAAACAGUGGUUUACAUUAAUUUCUCUUAAAGAAGUAUCCAUUUAUCCUCUCAAGUACAGUAGAUGUAAACACUACAGUAAGUCACUGCACACUAGAUGGGAGAUUUUCACACAGGUAUUACGUACCAACAAUCUUUGCUACACACAGCAUAUACACAUUUCAUUAAGCAUAUCAGUAUUUAAAUGCCCUGUUUGAACAUUUCAUAAAAAAAAAAGCAGCAAACAAGGUACCAAAUUACAAGAAUCAUUCUGCUUUUAUUUAUCCUUUCCAAAAGGAUAUGAACGUCUUUCUUAUUGCAUAAAUUUUGUAUUCUCAAAAAAAAAAAAAAAAAAAAAAAAAUCACCAUUUCAACA